AUGGCGACCCACCGCGACGCCAACUUCCCCUCGACGCCGUACAUUGAGCCUGCGGGCGCGCCGGCGAGCCAGCCGCGCGUCGACGAGGUGGGCACGACGAGUGCGCCGCUCAAGAGCGCCGCCUUCUUCCUCGCCGAGCACUGCCGCGCGGUCAACGAGGACUUUAUGCUGUGCAAGAACGAGGACCGCAACCCGGAGCACUGCCUCAAGGAGGGCCGCCGCGUCACGCGCUGCGCCCAGGAUCUCAUCCGCAAGAUGUCCGAGUCGUGUGGCAAGCAGUGGGAGGAGCACUGGCAAUGCCUCGAGCGGCACAACCAGGAGCUGUACAUGUGCCGCAAGCCGGAGCGCACGCUCAACCAAUGCGUCUUUGACAAGCUG